GUUUUGUUUGAAAACAACAGCAUCAAAUACAUCAGUAGCACCAGUCGACAAAGAAGUAUGCAUUCUCGUUAUAUUUGGAAAUUACUUAAAUUCGCAUUAAAAACAUUGAGGAAACGCACUGGGUAUAGUUAUGUGAAUUGUCGAAAAGCACUAUUGGAAUUUGGUGCAAAUCGACUCGAGGAUGCCGAGAAAUGGUUGCACAAUUUGGCUGUUAAGGAAGGAUGGAUGAAAGCUACUAAAUUAAGUGAUCGGAAAGCUAUAAAUGGUCUGAUUUCAAUUGCGAUCGAAGAUAAUAAAGCUGUACUGGUUGAAGUUAAUUGCGAAACUGAUUUUGUAGCACGAAGCGAGAUAUUUAAAUCCUUGGAAAGUUUUGUUCUUCCAGAACGAUUGCUUCCGAUCAAAAUAGAAUUAGAUAAGCUUUAUUCUGAGAAUAAAAAGAUGACAAUAAAUGAUUUGUUGGCAAACACAGUUGGAAAAAUUGGUGAGAAUAUUGUCCUAAAGAAAGUGUACGGAAUAGUUGCCGAUCCAGAUAUUAUGUUAUCAGGAUAUACUCAUCCGAAAGAAGGUACCAAAGAAGUAAAUAUGGGAAGAUUUGCUUCAAUUGUUGGAUUGCGAAGAUUUGCACCGGGAGAUUUUCCGUUAAAAACUAUAGGAGAACAAAUUUGUCAACAUAUUGUCGGAAUGAAGUAUGUUUAUUUGUUUUCACUCCAUUUUUUUAGAAGAGAGAAACAAGAAGCUUCACAGGCUUCCCACCUUGAAGAGAUUGAUACUACUACACAAUUGGAUGAAAAGGAAACUUCCUUGCUCCGACAAUCUUUUAUGCUUUGUCCUUCGCAAUCGGUAUAUGAAUACGUUAAUAGUCAUGGAGCGAAAAUCAUCGAUUUCGUUCGUGCUGAACUUGGUGAAGAAUAA